AAGAAAGUAACAGUAUUACAGAACAACAACAGCAGCAGCAACAAGAAAAUAAAAGUGAUGAUGAGGAUGCGGGAGGCCAAACGAAAGAUAAACAUCUUUCAAGAAUGUCUCUUAUAUUACCUGCUUUACAAUCUCAUGAUUCGGAUGAGGAUUUUAGUGAUAAUGAUGAAAUAGAACCCGUAACAUCACCAAAAAUGACGCCUGAUUAUGACUCGAGUCGUACAACAAAAGAGAGGGCUCCGGAUGAUGAAGAAGAAGAAGAACAAAAAAUCAAAAUUGAGUCUACCCCCUCGGUUCAUGAAGCUGAAAAUAGACAGGUUGUAUCUUUUACGAAUACAACGACUCUAAAGCCUGCAACUUAUGAGCCUAUUCCUAUUCAAAAGUCUGUCACACACUAUCACGAGUCUCUUCCAGCUCAAGAGCAACAACUAGAUUCACCUACAAUGAAUGAGCAACAAGAAAAGAAUAAACAAGACAUUGAGAAUAACGAGCAGGAUGAGGGUACUGUUCCUUUAGAAGAGGACGUCACUAACAAACAACAAGAGGAGGCGACAACGAUGCUCGAUAAAGAAAGUAAACAUGAGAAUCGUGAUAUUCCCAUGGAGCUGAUGAUAACUCAGAAGAAACACAAAACUGAGGAUGGUAAUCUGGCUACACCAGCCGUAUUGAGCGUUUCUAUUGAAGAAUCUUCCUCUGACAAAGUAAAUGAGGAUUCUAUUAUUGCAACCAGCCCCGAGGAUAGUCAAGAGUUAGAUAACAGAGAGACUACCUUAGAUAGUGGUAUUUCUUUAUCCCAAUUAAACCGAUCUUCAAACGAUACUGAUAUGACAAUAACAGAUCUGAAUGAAGAAACAACGACAUCAUUUAACCAUCUUGCCUCUAUCUUACCUGCUGUAAAAGAGUCAAUUGAAAAUACAAUAAUUACUGAAAGGAAAUCGAUCAUCAUGCAAGUUAAAGAACAAGACAACGGUCUUUCACCAGAAGAUAUGGAGCGUGCAAAACGUAGUCGAGAAUUUGAGUAUCCUAUUGAAGAUCCUAUUGAUUUGGAUAUGUUUAGGGACAAUAUGAUAGCUAUUCAAGCUAUUGAUACCAAGAAUAUACCCCCAAAUAAUCUUAAGCCCCAUGAACAAGAGAAAGCAGAUGAAACAGUAAGAGAGGGCAUGUCGUAUUUAUUUGAUAAUAAAUUUAUGAAGGCUAAAUCACUAUUCCAAACAAAGGCUGGUAUAGAUCCUUUAUAUGCACUUGGAUUAGGUGCAAUGGGAUUCAUUAAGGCAGUGAUGACUUAUCAUGAAGCAGAUAUGGAAACAGCCAUGAAUGCACUUGCUACAGCCUAUACAAUUGCAAAGGCACAAAUUAAUAAUACAUCAUUCAAGAAACCAUUUAAGGAUACAUUUAGUCAAUAUUUUACAACUUUAUUAUCUUCCAAUAAUACAGGUCUCCCCACUAAUCCACCUUUGACUAGUAUGCCCAACAGUAGCGGUGGUAUAGCUUCUCCUAAUGCCUUUAUACCUAACGGAGUUCUAAGAGCACAUGUUAUUAAAGCCGAAUGUUGUCUUUUAAUGAGUAUCCUUCAGAUGACUCAAGAAAGUGUUGUAGGUUAUCUUAAAUGUGGCUUAAAUAUAAGAAGAGCCUAUAAUAGCUAUAGUAUAGUUUGGCAAGAAUAUAAAAGGAUGGGACAAGAGUAUAUGAAAUACAUGGAUCCUGACACUAUUUCAGGAAUUCAGUUUGGUAUCGGAGCCGUUCAUCUUAUUCUAUCCUCAAUGCCUGCAAAGAUUUUAAAAAUAUUUUCAUUUUUGGGUUGGAAGAGUGAUAAGCAACUAGGGUUUGCAUUAUUAAAGUUAUGUUUAGAAGGGCGAGGGAUUCGAGCGCCCUUAGCGGCAUUAACACUAUUGGCCUAUUAUUCUAUCUUGACCUCAUUUGCACCUCAACUUUAUUCAAAGGAAAUGAUGGCACCUGCCAUCGAAUGUCUCUUGGAUGCACAAACGCAUCAUCCCAAUUCCUGCUUUUUCUUGUUCUUUGCAGCCCGUAUUGCGCGUGUAGCUCGUAACUUGCCACUCUCUAUUCAGUCUUUUACCUUUGCCGCUGAAUCAAGUCAUGGUGAAUGGAUUGAGGUAGCGAUGAAACAAAACGCAGAUUACGAGAUAGGCUUUAACUUGGCCUUACAACUCAAUUGGAAAUCCGCUGCUCGUUAUUUCGAACAAUUGAGUCAUGAAAAUUAUUGGUCACCUGCUUUCUCAAAAUACUUUGUAGGUGCCUGUUAUGAGAUGUUGGGCCAACGAUCAGAGGCCAUCCUGGCCUUUGCUGAAGUGUCUCAACUUGCUGAAAGGAAAAAGAUGAGUUACAUUGAUGCUUAUGUCUUGAAAAAGGUAGACUUAUUUCAAAGGAGUGGAUAUCAAGAUUUAGAUUUCAUCUUGCCUGGAUUAGAAAUUUUAUUAGUUAUGAAUGCCUUUGGAUAUUUAGAAAGGGAGAAUCUUGAGAUUUGUUUAACCAAAGUACAAAAUACAUUAGAAAAGAUUUAUGAGAGAGAAAAGAUGGAAUAUAUGGUUAGAUUACGAGAGCUUGUACCUACUACAGACCCACCAAACUAUUAUGAUCAACGAGCUAUCCUCUUAUUGAUAAAGGCAUCUAUUUUAAAUUCACUUGAUAGACAUGAGGAGACCAUUGUUCAUUUAAAUUGGAUCUUGGAUCAUAAGGAUCGUAUUGAAAAUGAAAAAUGGGUUAUUCCUUUUACAUACUGGGAAUCGGGUGUCACUAGUUGGGGAAUGGGUAAAUAUAAAAAAAGUCGCAAAUUAUGGCAACUAGCGAUGACAAGUACAAAAUAUGAUUUUGAAUAUCGUAUGGCAGUUCGGUUAAGUUUAGCACUUGGCAAAUGUGAUGAAAUGGGUGUACCUCAUAUUGAAGAAGAAGACAUGAAAGGCUCUAUGACAAUAGGACGAAAAAGAAUGCCUAUCUUAAACUCAUAAUUAUUUCCUUUUUUUUUUUAUCUACU